CCGACAGGGCAGAGGAAACACAGAUAGGACGGUCCCUGAACCUUUUCUACAGGUCUAACUCGCAGAGCAUGUCUGCAUGUCAGGCAUUCGUCUGCUCGAGACAGGGUGAGGGAGCUUUGAGGUUCUGCAUUCUGCCAUGAAAUGAAGUGAGGACCUGCUGAGAUAAAGCGUCACCCAGGAGUGCGUCUGCAUCGUCCUAUCAUGUGAUGGAUCCUCAAAGGCAAAAUGGAUCAAUCUGGGGACAAGAUGCAAGCGACUCUGACCUCCCCAUGCCCCUAACUGAGCAUCAGUAUGAAGUGCAUUUUUAUGAGUCCCUUGGAAACUUUCCUCAAGAUGACGCACACAUAUAUGAGGCCUCCUUUUCUGGGCUCAUUAUCCCAACUGAACCCCAACCUCCAGGGAACACAGAAAGCACGGAUAGGCCUAUGCCUGUUCGGCCCCCUCCACUCCCACCCAGAACCAGACUUCCUAGUGCGUGUUUGCCAGAAGGACCAGGCAAAGCACCCCCGCCAGUUCCCCCCAGGAGGCGAGUCCCCCUCUGCAUGAGCACGAAGCAGUUUUCCUGUGACUUCACCGAGCCCGCUCAGAAGCUGAACCGUUCCAGGACAGAAAUAGAAAAUCAUGACCCGUUCACCAUCAAUCUGAUAGACACUCCACAGGGCAGCACCAAGAGUCUGGCUUCUUUCUGCGCUGCAACUUCAAAGCUGAUGUCACAAUACAAGCACACAGACAGCGUUCAUAACUCAGGCGUGGUGUGGGGUCGAAUGCUACACAUCCACCCUGCCCUGCUGCAGCAGGUGGAGGUGACUGUCAGCGUGGCCACCGAUUGGGAUGAUAACCAGGUCCCCCUCCCCACCACAGUGAACAGGACGGUGAAGAGUCUGAUUGAUGAAAUCUUCCAGCUGCUGGACCUCCCUCGCAGCACAGACGGCCAUUAUGUCUUAAAGCUGUGCAACUCUGACGAGUACCUCCGAAAUGAAGAGCUGCUGGGACUGCACGAGACUAUUCAGAUUUACUACAAGUUUGAGCAGGAGGUGCCCGUCCGACUGCUCAACACCAACAACCUCAGACACCUUCUGACCAGAGAUGUUGAGGACGACGUGAACUCAUUCCAGCUCUGGGAGGUCCUGCGUCCCGUCUCUGUCUUCAGCGCCUGCAAGUUGAGUCUGCAGGAUGUGCUCAACAGCUACAACAGAGAGGUGAUGCAGCUGAUGAGAUUUAAGUCUGGGAUGAACGUCAACGUGAUCGUGGACUGUGUUCGCACCAUCAGCAACCUUCUGUGUGGGCUCUCCUGUCCGGAGCUGGAGGACACCAUAGGCAGGCUCAACCGCAUCAACCCCAUACCCCUGAGUCAUGAGGAGAUGUCUGAGUGUGAAACAGCCAUGAUCCUGCUUCACAAGGAGCUGCAGAAACUGCUGCAGGUCUUUUUUGACAACUUCCAUUCAGACUUCCGAGGUCAGGAGUUCACCGGCAAACUGCAAACACUUGACGUGGAGAGCAAUGCUGAAAUCCUACAAUUCAACAUCGCUGCCCUCUACAAACUACAACCGGCCUGGAUUAUGAACUACGAGUGCUUCUCUGUUUCCUGCGACUUGACGUACGGAGCAGCGAAGAUCUGUGACACAGGCGUUUCUGAAAACAUCAGCGCCGCCUUGUCAUACGGAAACAAGAUCCAGUGUAACCGCAUGAUGGUGUUCCCUGUUCCAGUCAACCAGCUGCCGUACGAGUGCAUGCUGACAUUUCGCCUCAAGGGCGCCAAGCGGGGCAAGAACCCUGAGCUCUUAGGCUGGGCUGUACUACCUCUUUACAGCGACAGGACUCUGGUGAUGGAGACCGUUCUGCUCAGUAUGUCCACGCUGGCUGAGCCCCCAGCUCCUCCCUCUCCCGCCCUGUUCGACAGCCACAGACAGGCUGCCGGCGUCAUACUGCAGCUCGAGUUUCAAGAUCAGUUUGAGUGGAAGUAUCAGAGGCCCAUCGCCCUCCCCGGUUCAGCGUUGUUUACUCAGCCUUGUGAGGAGCUGCAAAAGAAAAUGUUGAGCGCCUCUAAGAAGCACUGCCUCUGCUUUCUGACAGAAAAUGAGAAAGCCUUCCUCUGGAGUAAAUGUUACUGUAGUGACAAAGGCAGCACUUUCCUCCACCUGCUGCUGGGUGGAGUCCCCCGGUGGCAACCUGAAGACCUGACAGAAAUCUAUACUGUGGUGGAGAACUGGCUGAUUCAUCUACCUGAGGAGGCGCUCUUCCUGCUCAGUGACAAUUUCCAUGAUCAGACCGUGCGAAGGGCUGCGGUUCACUACUUUGAGCAGAUACCAGAUGGAGAGCUGGAGUUGUUUCUGCCACAGUUGGUCCAGGCUCUGAAGAGCGAGUGGGAGUUAGAUGGACCUCUGGUGAUGCUGCUCCUGGAGAGAUCACUGAAGAGCAUGCAGAUUGCCCAGCAGCUCUACUGGCUGCUGGAGGAUGCCCAGAGUGAACCCUACUACCAGAGCUGGUUCAGUAAAGUUCAGGCUGCCCUGCAGCACUGCUGUGGCCGGGCGCUGAGGGAGGAGCUGGAGCUUCAAAGCCGCCUCGUGUCCGUGCUCGUGCAGGUGGCGGAGAAGGUCCGAGCUGCUGACAAGGCUCGCCGUAAGAACGUUUUGAAGAAAGAGAAAGCGAAGAUUACUGAGUUCUUCAGAGGUGGGGUCAGCUGUUGUCUGGCGUUGGAUCCGGCUGUUCGUGUAAAAGCGUUGGAUGUUGAAGCCUGUAAGUUCUACAACUCCAACGCUGCUCCUCUGGGGAUCUCAUUCAUCUGCUCCGACCCUCUGGCUAAGAACAUCAGUGUCAUCUGCAAGACAGGAGAUAACCUGCGUCAGGACAUGCUGGUGCUUCAGAUAGUGCGUGUGAUGGACAGGGUUUGGCUUGAGGAGGGCCUCGACAUGCGAAUGAUCACCUUCAGAUGUCUUUCUACUGGCAGAGCUCAGGGCCUGGUGGAGGUGGUUCCAGAGGCGGUGACCCUGGGGAAGAUUCACCAGGAGUGGGGCUUGGGUGGCACCCUGCGAGAAGACACACUCGAGAAAUGGUUCCACAACUGGAACAAAACCAAGGAGGACUAUGAGAAGGCUGUGAUGAACUUCAUCCACUCGUGUGCAGGGUGGUGCGUGGCCACCUUCAUCCUGGGGAUCUGUGACCGCCACAACGACAACAUCAUGUUGAAACACAGCGGACACAUGUUUCACAUCGACUUCGGCAAAAUUAUGGGCAAUGCACAGAAGUUUGGAAGCUUUAAAAGGGACCGAUCACCAUUCAUCUUUUCAUCUGAGAUGCAUCACUUCAUCACAGGCGGGGGGCUGAAGCCUCAGCGCUUGCAUCGCUUUGUGGAGCUGUGCUGUGAAGCUUACAACAUAAUCAGACAGCGCUCUGCACUGAUACUCAGCCUGUUGGAGCUGAUGCUACAUGCUGGAAUGCCUGAGCUGAAGGACACUAACGACCUGCAGUACGUCCAGAACAACCUCAGACCUCACGACACAGACCUGGAGGCCACAUCCUACUUCACAAAGAAGAUCAAGGAAAGCAUGGGCUGUUUUGCAGUGAAGUUUAACUUCCUGACGCACAGCUUGGCUCAAGUGAAGAAACAGGGCUCACAAACCCGGAACGGCGGCCCGGCUCCCAGCGACAACAUCCAAGAAGCUGUCAUCCAAGGGUACACCGUCAAGUCCAAGGAUGUGGUCUAUGACCUGAGAGUAGCCAUUGAUGACGGUUUUCUGAACAGUGAGAAGACGUACGGGCAGUUUGAGCAGAUCCACAAGCAGCUGCAGAAACACUUCAUUGAGUCGACGCUGCCUCAGUUCCCUAGCUGGUAUAAGCUGUCGUUCAGCCCGAACAAGAGGAUGUCUCUGCUGAACAAGUACCUACAGCAGCUUUUUGAGGGACCGUGCAAGGGAAAUGAAUUUGUGUGCAGCUUGUUCCUUGAUGGCCCCAACAACGUCCGAGAAAGCGUGACCGGAUCCAAACCACAGAUCCAGCUCUGCAUUUCUUACUCUGACUCGAAGCUCUCAGUCUUAGUAAAACACCUGAAGAACAUUAAGCAUGCAAACGGCUCUAACCCUGACGCCUAUGUGGUCACGCGCCUCAGGCCGGACCCUCAGCAUCGCUCAAAGAGGAAGACAAAGGUGGUCCGCAAUAAUGACAACCCCUUCUUCAACGAACUGCUGGAGUACAAUAAUGUACUCUUGUACGGGAUGGUGCUGGAAGUGACAGUGAAGAGCAAGAAGACGUUUGUGGCUGCGACCAACAUUAAACUGGAGAAGGAGCUGCUUGACAAGGAGACGUGGUUUCCCCUCGGGAACUGUGCAAUCUGACUUGAGAGAGAGAGCUGCGCUGUGGGCCUACUGCCAGCAGGGGGUGCAGCCACGCCGAGGGAAAGAACCCAGCCAAAGAUUUCCGACCGCCUGAGUGAGACAAAUGCACCUGAGCGAAGGAAGUGUGCACUCUCAUUUAUACCUAUUCAAUCGGAUGUCACAUCACUCCAGAGCUGAAUUUUGCCAGCAGUGUACGUGGAGGAAGUUACAAGGCUGAGUAACACUCAGGCAAGAAGACUGUUUACUGUGUGCACACUUCCCCCAACGCGUUCAUUUUUAAAAUGUUGAUCAAAUUAAGGAUGUUUGUUAAUUAUUUUCGAUUUUCUGAAUGUGCCCCCCGACAAUGGCUGACAGGAAGAAACAACAACCUUUACCAUCAGACUCGCACUUUGGUUUAUACUUUCACUUUUACCUCUCUGUGAGUCAGCGCCGUCCUUGUGAAUGUGUGUGGUCGCGAGCGUCGACGUGACAGACUGAAGAGCAGGUGAUGUGGCGCUGUUGAUACCUGCCUGGACUGAGUGUGUUCAUACCCUCUGGGCUGUGUCAACUGGAUGUCCUUGACCAGUGGAAUCAGAGGCGGGAGGCAGGAGGGGGGAGAGGGGGGAGGCAAGCGUGUGAGCUGGAUGACAACUCUCUCCCUCUCUCUCUCUCCAGCCUCUCUGGCCUGAGGGGGGCCCCCAGAGUUAAAACUCUCCCCCUCGCUGCAUCCUUUGUCUCAUCCAUCAGUGGCAUUCAAACACAGUUAUGCACACGCAUGCACAAACACGCAAAUGGCAGGACGCUCACGUGCUCACACAAAUACCCCUGAAAAACCGCCUCCUCACUCGAACACACACACACGCACACACUUUCUAGGCUAAGACAGGUCUUCAUGUUAUCUUAAUGCCAUCCUCCUCCUCCUGACAGGCCUGCUGACCCGCACUCUCCUCUGCCUCAUUCACAGGAUUUAGUGAUGAAGGAGGUUAGAAAUAGCCCUCGCCACACUGGAUUUGGUUCAAUAAUGUAUACCUCCGUGAAUGCUAUUUAUAUUAUCCCCUGCUGGGAUCACAGUGAUGUAGGCCUGGAAGAAAAUGCUGGCUGCUAUUCUUUCAUAGUAGUAUGCAUGGAGUAUUAAUAUAUCCUAGCAUCACUCACCAGUUUCAGACCUAAUGGGGGCGGGCGGGUGUAUCUAUUGUUUUGGAAUAGAUGAUUAAUCCAAAAACAACACUGUGUCUCGUGGUCGGGUGAGAUCUUCUAAUGUGUGCUCGGCUCUACCACAAUAAUUGCACUUGCAUCAAAUAUUAAUCCUAUGAUAAGAAUCUAAUAUCCCACUCCAGGGAUUCCUCCAGCAGAGAGUUAUUCUGUCUUUGCAGCCCUGCUGGAACCUUCUGGUCUUUUUCCUCUGCAGCACAGAGUGCAGGCAGCAGAGAAAAGGGAAAGGCACGUCUAUUUUCUGACAAUAAAACUGGUAUUUAUAUCUGA